GUCAAAACCCGGAAACAACCAGAGCAACAAGACGGGAACGCUAAAAGUGGGCGAGGGUGAUCAGAAAGCUGCGUGUAUUACUUUUCUUGAUCGUAUCUACAGUAUGUUUUAAGCUGAAACAUUUGGAGGCAUGAAUCCCAUUAAAUGCCCCGCAAAACGAACAAGACAGAGAAGCCACCUCUGCGGUUCCGGGAACGACCUAGAGGGGGAGCCAAUUUGCAGAAUUUUCCUGAGGUGCGUGCAGCACUGAACCCAAAAGAUUAUUUUGCCGAAACACAAGCAAGUUCCACCUGCACUUCUUGGGUUAGUCCACAAUUUGACACUUCCCUUCCGGUGGCUCCCAGAGGGAGGCGGCGAAGGCGAUGUCUGUCCGUCGCCAGCGUUCUUGAUGGUAGCACUCAGCUUACCAGAAAGAAAACAGUGUGCAAAUACUCCUCUUUAUCAUUUAAGUCAAGGGAAAGCAACCACUCACACCAAACAAAGCAGAAGAAGAAUGACACCCAUGUUGCUGCAUUAAAUAACCCUCUGGAGUCCGGCCUUGUUCCAAGUGUACAGCAGGACAAAAGUAAGAGACCAUUGGAGAAAACUGGAACAAGCAAGCCAUCGUCUGUUGCUGCUUCUUCCUCCAUGCGACUGAAUGAAACUCCAGCAAUCAAAACAACACAAGGAGUUCAAGUCCCUUCAGUGUCUUUGUAUGAUCAAACAAACACUAAUGAUGCAAGGACGGUUGAUCCACCGCUUGAUCUCCAAAAAUCCAUCCCUGAACCGGUGUCUGUCUGCACGCCACACUGGUUAUUGAUUCAGCCGAGCACACCACCAUGUAGCCAACCCUCUGAUAUUUUAGUGGCCAACACACCGGAGCGUCACUACGGUUUGAAGGUGACAUGGAGGAGGAGGGAGGAAUUCAUGAUCUUCUUGAAAAAGAGAGGCCAUUUGUCUGACUCAGAUGUGCAGAAACAUGACUGAGUGGUGACAAAGAUGAGUUAACAGCUGUGGGGCAUGUACACAUGCUUCUAUCAGAAGUAUUAUCUGGUACACAUGAUUUAUAUUAAGAUCACUGAUCG